AUGAGUUCGUUCUGGCAGCGUGGUUCGGUGUCCGAAGCCGCCAUUUCGGGGGCAUUCAGGGGGAAAGACCGGCCGGCUAGGGAUGAGGCGGGUGCCUGGCUGUGGGUGAUGCUGGCUACCACAUUGUUCGUCGACAAGAGUGGUAGUAGAGUGACCCCCAAGCUCCUGCACGAGAUAAUCGUCAAGCAUUGGUGUCGCCAUGAAUUCCAAAUUCAAGACGAUAGCCAACAUUUUAAUCCUUCUCAUGGCAAUGCAAUAGUUACCACAAAAAUUAGCGAGGAUAAAGAUUUUACUGAGCAAAAAUGUGACUUUUUUACUCCGCCCGUGCCAGAUGACAUCCCAAAACCCGACAAUGACUAUGUAUUACCACAAGGCUGUUAUGCUGAUGUGGCGGCACCCUACAUUCUGUGCAGCGGGGAAAUCGAUAUUGGUAAUCUGAAAGCAAGUGAGGAGUGCAAUAUGAUAUGGGGUAUGGGUGAAGACUGCUUUCAAGGUGAAUUCAGUGAGGAUGUUAUAAAUCGAUAUGUGUGUGACAAGGAGAUUGAUUUAAUUAAAAAAAGGGCUAGGCAACUUUAUCAUGAUUGUGGAAUCUAG